AUGGCUAUUGAAUGGUCGAACCUUAUAAUGUUCGAUGAUCGAUUGUCGAUAACCAGUCAUGACGGGGCUUGUCUAAGGAGAGUCACUAGUAUCAUCUCAGAUCAAGUUGUACGUCGUCAGGAACUUACUGAUGAUAGCUACAGCAGCUAUCAGCCACCUCCAGACUCAGAUUCCGAGAUGUCAUGGUGGUGUGAAGAAAUGAUGAACCUGCUGGUGAUGGAAGGCUGGUCUGAGUCGUUGGACAUGCCAGCCCCGCUGGGCAUCAUACCACCGCUCCAUGAACACGAGUCAGACCCCCACAGUAAUUCAACUCCUGGGCCUAGUCAAGCUCAUCACACCCCCGCGGAGACCCCACUAUCCAUCGAAGAAUUCAUGGCCAUGAUCAUGAGUUUUGACGCAACCGCCGGUGCCACUGAGGCUGAAGUCGCAGCCGCAGCCCCACAUCUGCACUCCCGCUUGUCGAAUGUAUGCUUAUUGCAUCAGGUUGACCCACCGCCGCUACCCAGAAUUCAAUACACCCCUUACGAAAUUCUCGACAGGCCUGACAUUCAUCGUGGCAAGCAUUGCCUCACUGACGAUGUCGAAAAUCACGCUGGACCGUCACAGCACAGCCCGAUGCUAGGUGUGCCGCCUCCUGCAGUACCAUUACUAGCCAUUCCAGUACCACCUCCUGCAGUACCAUUAGCCAUUCCAGUACCACCUCCUGCAGCACCAUUGUCUACAACGUCUGAGUCAUUGCCCUCACUUGCUGUGCCGAUCGGACUUGGGAACCUCGUACCCCAGGUGAAAUUGAGGGCCAAACAGUGCAUGAAACAGUCGAUGUUCGACGACUCGUUUCUACUUUCAGCCCAGAAAAGAUCGGAAAAGGUGCUUGCCAGUCUCAUUGCCGUCAUAUCCACAUUCAAUAAUCCUGAACUUGUUCUGUGGUCCCUCGGGAGUGAGGCCAAAAAGGACGCAGACAAAAUUGGUGAGACUGCCAAGUACCUGAGGAAACAGGUCAAGGAUAUAGUUCGGACGGCGGUUUUAUUUGGCUACGAUUUAAACGACGCGUUGGCAACCCAAACGCAGGAAGAGAUGGAGGUUACCAUCAGAAACCUUCUGCAAGGUGACACAUUCCUAAACGGAGAUAUCAAGGUGGGGGGACAGACUAUACUCGGCAUGCCCUUCGGGAACAGAGUAGUGCGGCAUUUCAUGCAGCACAUACUGUUCUACCAACUUAACCUCCAGCAAUACAUCAGCCCUAGCUGA